GCAUCGCUGCUCAGGUUCUCCCAUUCAGGCUCUGUUUACCUGGCUGCAGAGGUGACGUCACGUCGACAACAUAUUUCUGCUGCAGCUAAUCACUGGCCUCAAAAGUGCACCAGGCCAGCGAUUUGACAGGUGGUUUCUACUCUAUGCCACUAUGUUCUAUUACCUGAGGAAGAUGCUGAAUAUCCACAUCAAAGUAAAAAGGCGUUGCCGGGCACGACUGGUAUCCAAAGAUGGAAGAUGCAACAUCGAGUUUGGGAAUGUGGAAGAAAAGUCCAGGAUAGCAUUCCUGGACGACAUCUGGACCACUAUUCUGGACUUGAAAUGGAGAUACAAAAUGACUAUUUUUAUUUCAGCCUUUCUGGGGAGUUGGUUCCUGUUUGGUUUGUUGUGGUAUGCAGUUGCCUACUUACACAAAGACCUUCCAGAGUUUGACCCCCCUGUCAAUCACACCCCAUGUGUUGAAAACAUUAAUGGGGUGACUUCUUCGUUUCUCUUCUCUCUGGAAACUCAAGUGACCAUUGGCUAUGGCUUCCGUUGUGUGACCGAGCAGUGUGCUACAGCUAUAUUCCUGCUGAUCACCCAGUCAAUUUUGGGGGUGAUUAUUAACUCCUUCAUGUGUGGAGCCAUCCUUGCUAAAAUCUCUAGACCAAAGAAGAGAGGCAAGACUAUAACUUUCAGCAAGAAUGCAGUUAUUAGUAAGAGAGGAGGAAAGCUGUGUCUACUUAUUAGAGUGGCAAAUCUAAGAAAGAGUCUUCUCAUAGGCAGCCAUAUUUAUGGAAAAUUGCUUAAAACAACCCUCACACCAGAAGGGGAGACGAUCAUUCUGGAUCAAGUAAAUAUUGAGUUUAUAGUGGAUGCCGGAAAUGAGAACCUUUUUUUUGUUUCUCCACUGACAAUCUACCAUGUUAUUGACAAAAACAGCCCCUUCUUUGAGAUGUCAGCAGAGACUCUAGUACAACAUGAUUUUGAGCUGGUGGUCUUUUUAGAUGGCACAGUGGAGGCAACAAGUGCCACCUGUCAGGUCCGUACAUCUUACAUUCCAGAAGAAGUGCUCUGGGGAUUUCGAUUUGCACCUAUUGUGUCGAAAACCAAGGAAGGCAAGUAUCGUGUAGACUUCAGUAACUUCAGCAAGACGGUCGAGGUGGAGACGCCACACUGUGCAUUUUGCCUUUAUAAUGAAAGGGAUGCCAAAGCCAAGCUUAAGAUGGGCUAUGAUAACCCAGCCUUUUCUGUGACUGAGAUUUCAGAGACCACAGAAGCAAAUGAAACGAAAAUGUAGAUGCUGUUUUUUUGUUUUUUUUAAGGAGGUUAUCUGUUUUUGAGGAAGUGAAAGAAAUCUGUUUGAGUCCCCAAGGACAAUAUAGUAUAAAUUCUCUGUGAGAAAGCAAAAUGUUGCAAGUCAGGUUUGAAAAUGUUUUAUUAGAUAUCUGUUGCCUAAAUUGAUAUGAUUGUAGCUGUGCGUCAUUACCGAGGAUGACUUGCAAAAUAAACUAUACCUAUUUUUUUUUUAUAGGAAAAGUCUUUAAUAAAAUUACCACAAUAAUCGCACAGUAGAACACAAAGUGGAUAGUGUCUAAAGCUGCAUACACAGAGUGCUCAUAUAGUAAACUUGUACAUAGGAUAAAACCAUAUAUAUUCUUUCCCAUGCUGUCCUAUACAUUUCACAGUUACUUCAUGCUACAGUAAAGCAUACAUUUAUUGCAAAAA